UCGCUGCCUCGUGGCGCGCCGCCGACAAGACGCCGAAGGCGCAGCCUCGGCGAUGCUCGACGACGAGAACGACCAUGACGACGUCCACGAGCGAAGUCAAGGACUUGUGACCAUGCCGCCGCAACGGCACGGCGAGGGGGUGAAGAAAAAUUGGGCACCAUGGAACCAGCAUGCUCGCGGAAGGGCGUGCCGUGGAUGGCCGUGCAUCCCAGGCGCGUGCGCCUGCGAAGGCACGCCCCACCACGGGGUGCACAGAUGUGCUGCGCCGCGUGCCGCAGGACGCGUGCAUCCAAGGGCGCGACAGCGCAGCGACAUCUGCUCUACGCGCAUACCGGCACAGCGAGGACCAGGUCCGCUCCUGAUCUGUCGGGAGUCAGAGCGGAGGCGGUAGUCGAGAAGGUAGCUGUCGCUGCUGGCGUCGCUUCCCAUACGAGGUGGGCGCUCGAUCGCGCCAGGUGCAGGCCACUCUACUCUGCAUCAUCGGUCACGGCACGGCCCCUGGCCGGCCUGGCGCCAGAACACAGCGCUGCACAUGCAGUGCCGCCGAGCUGCUUCAUCGCCGGCAAUGGAAAUGCGGCGUUCUGCGUACGCCGACCGGACCUUGGAGCCGAUGCAUGAGGCAUGCAGAGGGCCGUGCACGCACGCACCCUCUGGCCGCCGCGCGCUCACGGCUGCUGUGAGACGCUCGCGCGCUGGCCGAGGUCACACGCGCCGGAAGGCCCGAGGGCCCGCAGUCCCAGCGCUGCUGCUGUCUCGCAGCUACAGCUAUGCCUGAAUGCGCUGCACCC